AUGGAGUCUUGUUCAUUAUCGACUGAUGCAUCAACGUCGAACACUGAAUUCAAAAAGGUAUUCCCCGGUGAUCGCCUAUUCGCAAUUUCAGAGGAUCUAAGAGCCGGCAUUGGUACUUAUGAAUUAUUUGGGCAUAUAUAUGCAUCUCUAGCUGGCAUCGUCCAUGUCUUGCCCGGAACUGAGUGCAGUAAAGAAGUAAGAACAGUUGAAGUACGGAAGAAUAACGAAAUUCAACAUCAUAUUGUGCCAUAUAUAGGAGGUAUUGUUACAGCCAAGGUGCUGAACAUUGGUGUUAACUUUGCGAAGUGUGGUAUCGUUUGUGUUGAUACUUCAAUGCUCUCGCAUCAGUUCAGUGCUGUUUUGAGACGAGAAGAUAUCAGCAGUGAUCAGCGAGAUAAAAUCCAACUUGCAGAAAGCCAAACAAUAAUAUUUCAGACAGAACUAUAUAUGUGUAUUCAGCCGGGUGAUGUGAUAUUAGCUCGAGUGAUUGGAUUUGGUGAAUCACAAACAACGUUUGUUUUAAGUAUAGCCGAGGAUGAGUUAGGUGUUGUUAGUGGCAAAGGGGAUCACGGUGAACGCAUGAUACCGUGUUCAUUCACUCAUCUCAAGUCUACUCUAACGAACGAUACGCAAACUCGCAAAAUCGCUAAAAUACCUAAUCUUAAUUCUCAAUUCGCAUUCAACAAUAUCAACAUUUCGAAAAAUUGA